AUGAGCAUGAUGGGCCAAUUGAUGAAGCAGAAGAAGACCGAGAUCACUGAUAAGCUACGGCAAGAAAUCAACAAGGUCGUUAAUCGGUACAUCGACCAAGGAGUUGCCGAACUUGUCCCUGGUGUUUUGUUCAUUGAUGAGGUCCACAUGCUCGAUAUCGAAUGUUUCACUUACCUCAACCGCGCUCUCGAAUCAUCUAUUUCACCAAUUGUAAUCCUGGCUUCCAACCGUGGUAACACCGUCAUCCGCGGCACCGACGACAUAGUUGCUGCCCACGGUAUUCCCUCUGACCUUCUUGCUCGUCUCCUUAUCAUCCCAACCCACCCAUACAACUCUGAGGAAGUCAAAACCAUCAUCCGCCUCCGUGCCAAAACAGAAGGCCUCCAAAUCACAGAUGCUGCCCUUUCCAGCCUUGCAGAGCAUGGAAAUAAAGUUAGCUUGCGGUAUGCUCUGCAGCUGUUAACCCCAGCUAGUAUUCUUGCACGGGUCAACGGCAGGCCAAACGGUAUCGAGGAGUCCGAUAUUGCUGAAUGCCAGGACCUGUUUAUCGAUGCGAAGCGCAGUGCCAGCAUUGUGGCUAGUGAGACUGGCGCUUUUAUCUCUUAA